AUGUUUGUCUUAAAAAUUGGAUUUACAAAAUUUGAAAGAAGAGGGAGCAUAAGAGGAGGAAAAGAAGGGAUUUUUUUUUUUAAUACAAUAAAUAAAACAAGUACCAAUUUUUCAAACAAUUUUGAGAAUGAAAAUAAGAAAGGACAAAAUGAAUUCCAUUUUUCAAGAGAAAAAUUUCUUAAUUUUAAAAAUGUAAAUAUACACACUUUAAAUAACAGAGAACUAUUGUAUUAUCUUGGAUAUUGCAGUAAAAAUGAGCUACUAAAUAUUCAUAUUUUAAAUUCCAUAAUGGAAGAAUUGCAUGGGAAAGUGUUAAAUAGCGUGAAUUGUAUUUCUAACGAUUUUAAUCAAAAUAAAAAAAAUAUACUAAAUUCGAAAUGUUACCAGGAUGGUAAUGGGAAUGCUAUCCAAAAGAAGCCCUUUUUCGAUAUUCACGAUUUGGUAAAGGUUUAUUUAAACAUUUGUUACAUUAAUUCGUAUUUUUUUUUAAAGACAAAACGGGAGAAAUAUAAAGACAGCGCAUGUAUAUUGCUUCCUAAACGAUGUAGUCAUAAUGAUGUUGACAAAAAUGACAACAUGCUAAUUCAAAAGGAGAAGUUAGUAAGUGCGGCAAAAAAUGUUUUCACUUUCCAGAAUGAAGAAGAAAAAUUGAAGGAAAUGCAAAUAAACGAAAGUAACAGGAUUAACAUUGGGAGAGACAUAUUCAAAAAAGAUAAUAAAUUUAUUUAUACAAAUAGCACCAAUAAGAACACACAAUCAUGUAGUGAAUUCAUAUGUAAUGAACAUGUAAAAAAUAUAUUUCAUUUAUUAUCCAUUUUUUUUCUUCAAAACGUGAAUAUUCUGAAUGACCAUUAUUUAUGCCGAAUUUUUUAUGGAUACAAUAAAAGUAAAUUUUUUAAUGAAAGAUAUUUGAAUAACCUAAGUUUUGAAAUAAUUAAAAGAAUAAAAAAAAUUAGGACAUAUCAUUUAUACUUAAUAUUGAUGAAUUCAUACUAUUUAAAUUAUAUAGAUAAAAGUUUUAUAAAAAUUUUGUUGAUUCAUAUUAUUAAUAAGCUUUCCCAAUUGCCUUGUGAAGCAAUAUGUCAGGUUAUACCAAUUGUCCAUUUAUUCAUUCAUUCAGAAAAACUUAUUUAUAAAAUUAAUAUCAUAUAUGCAAAAAAAAUUGCUAGCUUUAACCAACUUAAUCAUCUAAUCACCUUGUUUAAAAAAAUGAUACAAAGGAAAAUGAUAUCCCAGAAAAAUAUAUUCUUAACAUUUAAACAUUUAAAUAAAUUUAUGAAAGUCAAAAAGAGUUCCUGCAAAAAGAGGGAGAAAAAAGAAAGGAACGUUAAUUCAUCGGAUCCAUCCCAAAUUGUACACAAUGGUCGAAUGGCGCAAAAUGAUCAAGUAAUAAACAAUGUAGUAAAAAACUUCGAAUCUUUUAAGACGAAAAACAGAAACAGUGAAAAAGACAGUGAGGUGCAAAAAGAUGAAGGUGCAAAUUUCCCAACAAAGAACAGUUCAAAUGACGGAAAUAAAAAUACCGAAGAGUGUAUUGCUAGUGAAGUGAUGCAAACCAGGGGGAGUAGUAAUCCAUUGCAGAAGGAUACAGGAGUCAUUAUUUCUGAAAAAAUGUUUUCAUACGAAAACGAACUUAUUAGAUAUAGCAAAAAUUUGACCAAGGAAAAUACAGAGGAAGUUUUCAGAAAGGGAAACUUACUUUUUAACAUGAAAGUUAUAGAAAUGCACUUAAGGCACGAUUUCAAAAAUAUAUAUUUCCUUUUUCCAAAUGAUUAUAAAAAUUUUCUUCAAAAAGUUAGGAAUAUUCCGUAUAAUGCUAACAAAAAUAUGCAAGGAGAAAAGGAAAUUUAUAUUUUAAAGAAAUAUAUGAAUAUAUUAAACUAUAAAUUUAUUACAUUUACAUAUGGUCCUUAUGUUCUGCACAUAUGUGACCCUUUUUACAAAAUUUAUCUUGAGUGGGAAAAUGGAUGGAAAUUAUUCCCAAUGUAUCAGCAAAAUAUGGAAAAAAAUUUUCGAGAAAAUAAGAUGAAUCACCUCAGAAAAGAAGGGUUUAGUGAAAUACUCAUUUGUCAUGAUACUUUUACGAAUUGUCAACAUGAAGAAGAAAAAUUGAAAUAUCUCAUUUCUGUUUUGAAGGAUUCCAAGUUUACCAAGUGUAACAACAUCACUGGCGCAACUGUGGAUAUAUCCCAUCCACUGGAAUCCCAAGACUUAUACAUAUAA